GGUCAACUCAAAAACCUGAGUUAUGUAACGACAGUCAAUGAAAACAACAAAGAUGGCUACCACUAGAGUUAGAGGAGGCUAUGACUACCAGUUUGUGGAGGAGCCUCCCCAUGAGCUCAAGUGUGUCAUCUGUCUAGUUGUAGCCAGGCAACCUCAACAACAUGGAGAGUGUGGGAAGCUCUUCUGUAGCAGCUGUCUGGCUCAGCACCGACAGAAAAACAACAAAUGCCCUAAUUGUGAUCUCCAGCUAAACACGUUUUACGAUGGAAAGAGUGAUGUAGAAGUGAAGGCCCUACAGGUGAAAUGCAGCAAUGUGGUCAAUGGCUGUCCAUGGGUUGGAGAUCUGGGCUUUAUGCUCAGACACAGCACAGCAUGCAACUACCAGGCCGUGAGAUGCCCCAACAACUGCAAAACAUUCGAGUCGGACGCUAAACUACUACAAAAAGAUUUGAACGAACAUUUAGCCAUCUGCCCAAACCGUUCACACCAGUGCCCACACUGCAGCAUCUUGGGACCAUACGAGAAGAUAACAACGCUACAUAUUGACAGCUGCCCAAAGGCUAAAGUUCAAUGCCCUUAUCCCGAGUGCAACCAAAGUAUACAACGUUGCUACCUUGAUACCCACAUCAACUAUUGCCCGCACAAAGCCGUACAGUGCAAGUUUGCGGAUGUUGGCUGUCCUGCUAUACUGAAACUAGCUGAUUUACAGGAGCACGAAGAAAAUGACCUACUCCAUUUACAGCUAACUAAAGAGAAUGUACUAGAGCUCACACUGAUCCUCAAACAGAGGGAGACAAGGUUCGGAGUAUUCAUUGAACAGAGAAACAAAGUACUAGCUGAUCUUCAUCACAGCAUGCUCACUUGUGUGAGAUACAAAGGACCGACUACUCUUAAGUUUAGAGAAUUCGACAUGCACAAGCUGCAAGACAAGCUAUUUGCCAGUUCGAAGUUCUACCUCAAAACGGGCUAUCGAUUUCAACUGGUGAUUUCUGCAAACGGUCAAAACCAGGGUGCAAACACACACGUCUCUGUAUAUCUAGCCAUUACAGAAGGACAAGAUGACGAAUACCUAACCUGGCCGUUUCAAGGCUCUGUAAAAGUCGAGUUACUCAAUCAGCUACAAGACCGCAACCAUUUCAGCAAUGAUAUUCAUUUCCCUAAUAUUGACUAUGUCAGCGGGAAAAUGGUUGAGGGCAAGACCACAACAGGUUGGGGAAAGGAACAGUUUAUCUCUAACAGAGAACUGGCAAACAUCUCAAGUAAAAGGCAGUACCUAAGGAGUGACACGCUGUACUUUCGUAUUACUAGUGUAGAAAAGCCUGUUAAAAAAGGCUCUGCAUGAUCUAUUGUGUCGCUGUACGCUGUAUAUGGUAAUGUUAUGUUUUGGCUGACUCCACACCUCACGUUUUAUAUACUAAACACAUUUAAAUUUUAUAUCUA